UAAAAUUGUAAGAGAAAAUUAAUUCCUAAACGUGAAGGACUAUUUCUCAAAUAUGGACGCCAACGACAAAACCGUUGGGAGAUUUAUUGACAAGUCAGGUGAUAGCACUGAUACCCUUACUUACCGGAGCGAUGAUUCAACAAAGUCGAGAGCCUCCGGCAACCAGUCCAGUCGCAGUUCAUCGUCUUCCGUCGUACCCUUGAUUGCAAUGCAGGGCGCAGUGACCGAAGAAAUAUUUCCGAAGCACAUUUGUAUUCUGCCACCACGUCCGGGCACAGCGACCAAGAGUUUCCACGAACUCUACAUACCGCGUCACCAGUUGGCCCAAGUUUUCUAUCCCAUACAGGAGGCACAACGCUGGCUAUCGCUAACGGACAAAAACGGUAAGAUCCAUCGCUUUCCGCUACCCACCAUACUGCCAAAGGUCAUACAGACGCGCUACGUGCCCAAACGUCAUCUGCCCAAGGAUGUUGAGGUGGAUCGUCGUCGGCGACAAUAUGCGAAAAUCAAUCUGGCCGAGGAGCUGCUCAAGGCGGGCAUCACAGACGAUGUUCUGCAACCCACAGAGGAGCAAUACAACAUGCUCUCCGAGUUCGCCUUUCCCCACAAGUUUCCGCUGAGCUACUUCGAUGACAGCAACUAUGACAUCAACUCGCCCGAGGCGUGGUUUGAAUUGGGCGUUGUGGGGGACGAACGUUAUCCGCUUCCGGCAAGGGCGUAUCUGCCGCUUAGCAGGGGCCUGGUCAGCUGUAGGUGGGUAACGGCGGCGGUAAGUGCUCAUGAUCCAGAGACGGAUAUGUGGACGUUGACAUCGCUGGAGGAUGAUUGCACCUAUUUGGUGCCGAAGCUACAAUUUAUGUUCUUUGCCGAGAAUCCACACAGAUAUAUACAGCGUCUGAAGGCAGCCAUUCAUGAGCGACACAAGGGCGAGCAACUGAUGCUGAUGGAGCUUAUUGUGGACUGUGUUCUGCACGAGGAUCUGGAGUCGACAAGCUUCUACACCUUCAAGCCCAUCGAGGCAGUGCUCGAGCGGGCGAAAAUCUCAUCGCAGGGCAAGCGUCGUUUACGUGCUGAAGUCAACCUGGUCUUUGAGCGUCUGAUGGCGCUCUACGAAUUGGAGAAAUUCAUACUGCUGAUGCCCAAGGAGUUUCCGCAGUUUCGCAACAUCUCGCUGAAGGACUUCCUACCCCAUGCCUUUCACGUCAACUUUUCCGCGGUGGAACGACGUGAGAUGCAAGCCCUGCAAUUGGAUAUGGUUAAGAAGCGCCACGAUCUGCUUAAGGCAACGCUCUUCUACUGCGGUGGCGGCAUUGAAGCGAUGUCCGGAGUUGCUGUGGAGUGCCAGCACAUAGAGACAAUGGCCAUUUUCGUUUGUACCUUCAGUAAGCCCAUGCCGUUGGUUGAUUUCCUGCAAUCGCAGGAGGCGCACAGCGACAAUGUGGCCACGUUCCUGAAGGUCUAUUGGCCGCAACAGAUCACAUCGGUCAUUACUGUGGUGCUGCGGGCCUUGGGGAAAGGGUGGCUGGACAUUUCACUCACCAACUGGCCGGUGUAUGAGAUGUGCAAGAUUUCACGCUUCAUUCUGCAGGUGAAGUUUCGAAUGCAGGAGUCCAUGCAGGUGCUGCUGGAAACCUCGCUCUACACCUUCUCUCGCUUCGUCUGCGACCCCUGUCUGCAGUUUCUCAAACUGAAGAAGAACUACAUCUGGACCAAUAACUAUAUAGACACCGAGUUUCCGUAUCCGAAGCCAGUCUUCGCCUUGAGCAUAGGAAUAAAUGAAGAGCGCAGGGUAUACUACUCCACAGAGCCCGAAGAAUUUCAACCCCUGGUGAUGGACAUUUUUAAGAGGGGACUGGAGAAAACUUCAGGUGUGCGUUGUGUUGAUGCUUAUGUAAUGACCGGUCUGCAUUUUGCCCCAAAUCUCUAUAUACUGACUGUCGAGCUAAUCGAGGAUAAGUUCAUUGAACAGAACGCGCUAAUUGCGGAGUGCUAUGGCCAGGCGGUGUUACCUCUGAGGGCCUAUGCGCGUCUGUACGAGCGCUUCAUCAACUUCUAUUUGUUGAAUGUCAAUAAAUUUAUGGUGGACUAUGCCGCCGUCCACAAACCCUCCUCGCAGGUGAAGUUCGACAUAUUGGAGCACAAGCGGCAAAAGGAGGAGAUCCGGCGAAUACUGCCCGCCUACAUUACGAUCGGACCGUUUCACAUCAACGUGGACACCCUGAAGCAGUUCCUGAUUAAGAAACACAUCGAUAUUGUGCGUCGCAUCUUCGAAUACUAUGUGGAUCGAAUGUACGAAACGAACGAUGCAUUGCUGGAGCGCUGCCUCGACAUGUACAACAAGAUUUCGGAGCGGCCUAUUAGCAUCGAACAUUUGUAUGAGAUACGUGACUAUGCGCUGACUGUACCCGCUUUGGUCGAUCAACUGCGUGCGGAUAUACAGAUCAUGUGGCUGGAGUACGAUCUGCUGGACAGUUUCUUCUAUAAUCUGAGCGAUCAUCAGUUUGUUAUGAAGUGGAAUGUCUAUGCCUGGCCGCAUCAAAUCAUGCAACGGCUCUCCACACUGAAGGAGGAACAGAAGAUCGACAUAGAGGAGUUUCUGCGACAACAUUCAAGCGAAUGUGCUGGCUUCGAGGAGCGUCUGGAGUCGCUCAAUGAUGAGGUGCAGGCCUUCUCGCUCCAAUUUAAUCCGAAUCGCGCCCAAGAGACCUCCGUGGAUGUGAAGAAGACCUGGGUGCUUAUCAAUGAGCUGGAAAAGGUUGGACAAACGCUGCAGUAUCGUCAGGCGCUAUUUGAACUGGACCCUCUGUCAAUGGAGUUCUUCGAGAGCAUAGUUUCCAGUUUCGAGCCCUACAAGAAGUUAUGGUAUGCCUGUGCUAAUUUUCAGAAACUCGAGGACGCCACUACGGGUAAUCCAAUUGUGCAACUAGACAUGGAUGAUGUCUGGAACAAUCUUAUGAAUUUGCGCAGCCAGCUGGAGAGUUCCCUGCAGGACUUCAACGAGAAACCGGAGAUCAUGGAAGUGGCCCGCACAUUCAUUAAAAAGAUUGACAACUUUGUGCCCAUCUAUAAUAGCAUUCAGGAUCUACGAAACGAGAAUUGGAUGCAUGUCCAUUGGGUAGAGUUGGGCCAAGUCUGUGGCAACGACAUCAAGUACUCAAUUGCAAUGAACUAUCAGUAUUUAAUACGCAAGAACAUUCUGGACUUUCUACCCCAAGUCCAUGCCAUUUCGGAGCGAGCCAAUAACGAGGCGGAGGAAAUCCGACGUGCCAUCGAGGAGGAGGAGCGACGAAAGCAGGCAGAGAUAGAUGCCAUCCUGUUGCGCAAACAGUUGCGAAAGUGUCGCCGGGACAUACUUUAAUUGUGACGAUCUUCAUUUAUAUUUUUUAAACGGAGCAUUCAAUAAUUGCUCUGCCAUGUGUUCUUUCAUAUAAAAUGUACAAUUUCUUAGUUUUGUUUUUUUAGAUUUUGCGCUUAAAAUAGUUUGUUUUCACUGUACUUGGGUACAAUAAAUGG